AUGCUCUCCGCCUUUCGUCCCGAAGCCAUUCAUGAGUUCAAACAGCGGGACAAGUCUAAGGUGGAGUCACUACUAGCAUACGGAGAUAGGCUGCUUGUUGGUUUGAAUACGGGAAGCUUGCGCAUAUACCGUGUCAAUGAGAACGCUGGUCAAGAGGCUGCUACAUUAGAGGCAAACGGUCAAGAUGACGAUGGCACUAGCACCGCGACAGCUAAGCCGAAGGCAGUGGAGUUACUACGCGAGGAGGAGAAGUUCAGUCGCAAACCCGUACAGCAGCUAGCCAUGAUCAAGGAAGCCAACCUUCUAGUCAGUCUCAGCGACGGUUAUGUGUCUCUCCACGACUUGCAGACACGCCAGCUGGUUGAGCGCCUUGAGCGAACCAAAGGCGCAGUAUGCUUCACCACCACAAGCAAUGUGGUCAAGGAGGACCCUGAUGCGCCGCCUUCACUGGUCAGCCGUCUUGCUGUGGGUGUAAAGCGGAAGGCGCUGGUCUGGACAUGGCGAGACAUGGAGAUGGAGAGCAGUGGGCCGCUCGAAAUCGCCACCGAGGCGACUGUGAAGAACUUGAUUUGGGUGCAGGGGAAAGGAGGUGUGGUACGGCUUGUGGUGGGCAUGGAUGCAGGCUUCAGCAUACUGAAUCCGGAGGCUGGAAAUCCGGAGGAGGAUGCCCGAUCGGUCUACAAGCCUGCGUCGAGACAGGAUGCUACAUCAGGGGAGCUAGCUGGUGUGAGAUUUGGUGCGGUGAGCAGUAGUGGCAUGGGCUAUAUGGGUAUGGGAUCUUGGGUGCCGAAGCCUAUGGCCACUGGUCUUUCUGAAGGCCAGAUUUUGCUCGCCAAGGACGUGAACACUCUUUUCACGGAUUUAGAUGGCCACCCGUUAGAGAAGCGGCAAGUGCCGUGGGCAAUGGCACCCGAGGCGGUAGGCUUCAGCUACCCUUACCUACUCGCACUGCAGCCGCCGGAGAAGGGUACGUUGCAGAUCCGGAACCCGGAUACACUAAGUCUGCUACAAACGAUCAGCAUUCCAGGUGCAGCGAUACUGCAUGUACCACAGCCGAACAUCAGCUUGGCACACGCUGGUAAAGGCUUCAUCGUGGCUUCAGACCGCACAAUUUGGCGGAUGAACGCCCUGCCGUACGAUACGCAGGUGCAGGAGCUUGUAGAGAAGCACCGCUUUGACGAGGCUGUCAGUCUUCUCGACUUGCUCGAAGACACUCUGAUCGACGACAAAGCGGGCAGAAUUCGCGAAGUCAAGAUGCAGAAAGCGACGCACCUCUUUCAGCAGCAGAAGUAUCGAGCAGCGCUGGACUUGUUCACCGAAGCCGAGGCGCCUCCUGCGAGGGUCAUCGCGCUGUAUCCGCAAAGCAUCGCUGGUGACCUGAGCAGUGUGCCAGAAGCCACCACCGACGGUGAGGAAGUUGGGGAGGAUGACAGCAAGCCAGAAGAGACUCCGGUGAAAGAACCUCACAGCACGCCACAGAAAGGCGUUCUUGGCAAACUGAAAGCAGGGCACGCGCGGCGGGAUUCUGACGCUGCUUCGACCAGGAACACUCCUCGAGCCGACAGUGACAACAUGAGCAUACGGACUUCCAAAAUCCCUCCUGCCAAACCAACCGACAGACCAUUGGAAGGCGACGACCUGAAGAUUGCGGUUCGGUGUCUAUGCUCCUUCCUCGCACAAGCGCGCGUCCAAAUCCAGAAAUACCUCACCACCCAGGGCGCCUUGAAAGAGAAUCCGCCUGAGCUCGAUCCGGAGACAGACAAACCUGCUUUCGCGAACCUGCUGCCCACGGACAUCUUCACUACCGCUACCUACAAUCCGAAGACUCUCGACUGGCAGAAAGAACUCCUCGAAACAGCAAAGCUCGUCGAUACAACCCUGUUUCGCGCCUACAUGCUCGCCCUGCCUUCACUUGCAGGGCCGUUGUUCCGACUCGACAACUUCUGUGAUCCGGACGUUGUGCAGGCGAGUUUGUACGAGCACGAGCGUUACGGCGACCUGAUUGACUUCCUGCAUGGCAAGAGGCUGCAUCGGCAGGUGCUCGAAAUGCUGACGAAGUUCGGCAAAGGUGAGGCAGAUGCUGAGGCGACACCGGACGACAUGAAAGGGCCGGAUAGGACGAUCGCGUAUCUAAAACAGCUUCCGCCGGAGCUGGUCGAUCUGGUUCUGGAGUUCGUACGGUGGCCGGUAGACGAGAGUCCAAGCGAGGCGAUGGAUGUUUUUGUUGCUGAUACUGACCAUGCUGAACGCAUGCCGAGGAAGAAGGUGCUGAAGUUCUUGGAGGGCAUCGAUAAGGAGAGAGGGGACGGCAAGCUGGAAAUGCAAUACCUUGAGCAUGUUGUCAAUGAGUGGGGUGAUCAAACACCUGAGUUCAACCAGCAGCUGGUUGAGCUAUAUCUGGCGCGGCUCAAAGCACAGGAGGCUGCGUCUGCCGAACGGGAAGAGCUACAGCGCAAGCUGGAAGCUUUUUUGCGCCGGAGCAGGACGUACAAUCAGAGCGCUACCUUCCGACAGUUACCGGCUGACGAUGCGACAUUUUUUGAGUCCCGCGCGAUCGUACUGAAGGCGAUGGGCAACCAUAAGCAGGCGCUCAGCAUCUACGUCUUCCAGAUCAAGGAUUCUGCCAGAGCGGAGCAGUAUUGCAAUGAGGUGUACCUGUUCGAGCAACAUCGGGAUAAGGAUCUUUGCUUAAUCGACGGGAUAACUCCGCACGAAAAGGCGACUUACGGCACAGGCUUCGAAUCGGAGGAUGCCGCUAAUCAGCCCAACGUCUUCGCGCUGUUGCUGGGUCUCUACUUGCGCCCGCCACCAGGUGAGGAGAAGCGCUGGCCCGAAGCAUUGGAACUGCUGAGCAGACACGGUGCUCGCUUACCUGCUUCGAGUACGCUGAACCUUAUGCCAGACGACCUGGCCAUCAAGGAGCUGCAGGAUUACUUCCGAGGACGCAUCCGCAAUGCGACUUCAAUCUUGCGGCAGACUAGUGUCAUAAAGAGCCUCUCUGCGGUACAGCGCGUGAACACGGAGCGGCAGUGGCUACUCGGUGCUGACCAGGUUGUAGACGCGGGUGGAAAGGGUGGUAGGAACCGCAGAGUGAGGAUCACGGAGGAGGACCAUUGUCGGGUUUGCCACAAGCGCUUUGGUGCGAGUGCGAUCCGAGUCAACCCUGACAACACUGUAGUGCAUUAUGGUUGUGUUGGGAAGAAACCUAGUGAAGCCGGCCCAACGACAGCAGGCAGAAGGGCCAGUGCUCAAAGAGGCUGGAAUUGA